UGGAGGCAGGAAGGAGCGAGCCGCAGAAGAAGAACUCACUCAGUUUGUUUACAUCAGCAGGAGAUGACAGAACAGAGGCUGUGCUGACAGAAUGGCUCAAACUUUCACUCUUUGACGUAGUAUGAUUUAUAACAUCAACUGGCCGGGAGCCAUGGGCGCAUUAGCUUGUCUUUCUGUGGUAAGCUGGUUGUGGCUUUGCCCGCUGGUGUCCAGCGAACAGGUGGCAUUUGUGGAGGUGUUUUUGGAAGAACAUCAGCAUGUUUUACAGGGUGAGGUGGUCCAGGGGAGUCUGGAGAACGACCCCAUGGAAAACCACAACAAAAAGAAACAUGACCUCAAAGGAGACCUCGUAUUAAUAAAAGAUGAAGCUCUUAAAACCAACAGCGAAAGCAGUGAUGAAAAGGAUCCGAAUCCUUGGAUUGGAGUAGUACCUGUCCAGAUGGAGGAAGGCACAGUUUCCAGUAACAGCAACCAGGAGUCGUUUGCUGCCUCCGUGGUCAAUAAGAUGAAGCGUGCUCUUGUUUUGGGUGCAUCUGCUUUGAUCAUACUGGCUUUAAACCAGAAUACGGUCAGAGAGAUGGAUCUCUCUCAGGUCCUCUCGAAGCCAAUCAUUAUCAUUCAAACAUCAGAAAAUGUUACUAAGCUCAUUGGAGCACUCCUCAGGGGCCUUCAUGCAACAGCAAAAAUCACUUACAAGUCUUUUCUACAGGACAGUCUGGGGGCCACCUUGACCCUGUGGUCCAGCUGUGGCCGUUCAAGAGGAGGGUUGUAUGGGGAAUGGCAAGGGGUCAUCUGCACCGGGGAGACCAACUCUCAGGUCCAGAAAUAUCUCCAGCAGCUCUGGAACACUGUCGUUCUGGUGGCCCUGGUUCUCUCCACAGGGGUCAUAGUUCAUGCACGCUGGCAGUACCAGGACAACCAGUUUAAUGAUGAUUUAGAGUCUGAUCUAAAGCAAGACAUUUUAAAGAGAUUAUCAGCACUGAAGACGAGGAUAUACCGGCAACCCAAAGUGAGAUGUGACCCAACACAAACUCAGCCGGUGGAGACGGACAGUUGUGCAGUUUGUCUGGAGCAAUACAACAACAACCAGUGUUUGAGGGUGUUACCAUGCCUCCAUGAAUUUCACAGAGAUUGUGUGGAUCCCUGGCUACUCCUCCAGCAGACCUGUCCUCUCUGCAAACGUAGCGUGCUUGGUAAUUUUUAUUGAGCUGGACCAGGAUGGAUUUGUGGACUAGGAAUUUGUGGAAUUGGAUGGACUCUUCUGAUUCAGACAUUUCAUGGCAACUAAACCACUCUUCUGUACUGUAAGGUCAGAAUACCUCUGUGUGAUCUUUGACCUCACCAAAGACUAUAAAACUUGAGUUGUUUCAAGAGACCCCAAGAGUCAGGACUAGUUCCUGAUCUUUGGUCAAAUCACUUGAGAAGUUUCUUGAAGGUAGGUCCUUGUACAUGGGAUCAGUUCUUUUGCGCACAGUACUUCAGUUACAUUGGUUGAACCUGCUUAGAAAUUCAGAUACAUGGAUAUGCACAGCAAAAAAGAAGUAAUAUUUCAGAUCUCUUCAAAUUAAGGAGGAAUCAUACGCCCUCAAGUCUCAAAUUUUUGUUUGAACAAGAGUUGUCAUAAAGUUGGGAUAUAAUCCUACAAGAAAAAAUAACAACUAGUAUUCAAACACUGCAUUUUUCUCUAAUACGAGACCAGGGGUUGUGCCCAACCUAGCCCUGUUCCUCCCUUUUUCACCAAAAAAAAGAUGCCUGGAGUUGGUUGUAAACUUGAAGGUGUUUUCUUGAAAUCUUUUGAGAACAUAUAAAAUGUUUCUGGACCAUUCAGCAGAAACAUUAUCAUUAUGUUUGUUCACAUGAAAUGCAUAAAAAAAAAAAGUAGUAGUACCAUUGUUCAAUAGCUAAACCUCCAUCUCCAGGACUGUAAAUCAGUCCUGUAACUAUAAACUACCCAGUAAAGUCAAAGAUAUAUGUGAGUAUCAGUAUUCCAUACAAAGAGCUGCAAGGAUGCCCUAUGCAUUCUUGUUGCACAGAGAGCAACUUUUACUGUUACUGACGCUUUUAAAUAUAAAUUGCAGGGAGUACAUUUACAUGCGUUUUAGAAGUUCAGUUUCUUUUUAAAUUAGUUUCGAAUUGUCGUAAAAUAUCAUGUAAAUGCUUUAUUCUGAAAUCGUGCCAGGCGGGUUUUUGCAUAGCUAGACUAAUGAACCCACACUACCGUUGAAAAGUUUGGGGUCGGUUUAAUAAGAAAUUAAUACUUUUAUUCAACAAAGAUGCAGUAUAUUGAUCAAAAACAGUAAAAACAUUUGUAUUUCAUGUAAAUACUGGUUUUUAAACUUAAUAUUCGUAAAUUAAUUCUCAGAAAAUGUAUCACAGUUUGCAUAAUUUAAGCAGCACAGCUGUUUUCUAAAUUAAUUUCUGGAAGACCAGGCAACACUGAACACUGGAGUAAUGUAGAACCCUAUGAUUUCCGUAAUGUGGAAAAUGCAGGAAUUGUGAAAUCCAAGCAUAAAAAUGGAAUUUAUUGUGUAACGCGGAAUGUCACGGAAUUUGCUGAAUUUCACAUGAAUAAAUCAAACGUAGGUCAGUACACUUGAUUAAAACACGAUAUGGACUAGUGCCUGUGAAUAUUAAGCCGCAAAAAUACUAUUUAAAUAUGAAUCCAGCAUGUUCUGCACAUCUCUGUGUGAAUGAAUGGCGCAGAUGCAUGGAUUUCUAUGGAGACCGGAACACAAAAGCACAUAAGCAGAAGUUAGAAUCCUUCAUGGCGCCACUCAUCGGUUACUCAGGAAAUGGAUAUACAAAAAGAAACUUAAAGAUCUUCGCAGCAACCUGUCAAAAUAAGUUUGGUUUAACUUUAAGAAAUUGUAACAAAUAUAUUACUUAAUUUAGGCCUAAUGAUAGUUAUUAAAUUAUUAUUAAAACAUUAAUUUUUAUGGAAUAUUUACCAGAAAAAUGCAAAUAAAUGUAUUUUCAAAAUUUCUGUUAAUCAGAAAAAAAUGUAAUGAAACCAUUAAAAUGCAAUCCAGAAAAUUAGUGAAAAAAACUGAAUAUGGCAAAAAUAAAACUGAGAAGAAAAAACAUA